AUGGCAUUCCGGCAUAGGUUGGUGUUUCUUACAUUGUUACUUUGGAUUUGCACAGCAUUGUUGCAAGCUGAUGAACACGAUAACCGAAUAGCCUCAGGAACUGAUGCUGAGGAAUGGGAAGUGCCGUAUCAAGUAUCAUUUAGAUUGAUUGAACAAGACCGUCAUUUGGGAAGUGGUGCCAUCCUUAACAUCCGUUACAUUAUAACACAGGCCUCGUUUAUAUGGAAGCUGUUGCGGCAAUUUCCUGAGCUACCGUUGUCAAACUUGGCACGGAUACGGUUUGGGCAAGUGCAACUCAAAUCUCAAACCGAUGACCAAUUUCGCUCUAUACAUUCGUAUUUGUAUCAUCCCAGUUUCGAUUUCGAAGCUGCCCGAAACGAUAUAGCAGUGGUAAGAGUUCUUCAGUUCAUUGAAUUUAAUAGAUACGUACAACCAAUCAACCUGUAUAGAGGUCCACUAUUGGAAAAUAGCUUUGUUCUGUACACGGACUGGGGAGCAGAAAAGGACAUUGCAACGCAGGACGAUUUUAAGGAAAGGCUUCAAAAACUAACAGCCAAAGCAAUUUCUAACGACUAUUGCAAAGCGCUGCUAACUUUUUGGGAUCUUCAAGAUUUUGUCUAUGACACAAGAGUUUGUAUCUUUACCAAUGGAACCGGUAGCGUGUGCACGGGCAACGUUGGUGGACCAUUGGUUGUUAUCGAAGAUGGAUACCCGCAGCUUGUGGGGAUUAUGUCGUACGUUUACAGAGCCUGCAAUUCAGAUGUACCCGGUGGAUUUGAACGAUUGUGGAACCAUUAUGAAUGGAUUGUUAAAACGACCGCUAUCAAUUACGAUUACGUAAAUUUUUCGGAUAUGUGUAAAGUUGUACGUAAUAUCGCUGCUCAAAUGUUAUUGAAAAGUAAAGCAUCUACAAGGAAUCGCAGAAGUUUACUAAAUAGUGAGAUGUAG